AAAAAGAGAAAGUGUGCGAGGUAAAUUCAAAGAAACGAGAAGCUUAGGAUAACAAAACGCAUGCUAUACAAUAUCAUAAUUUAGAUUUAUUUUAACGUGAAUGCUCCACAUGAAUAGAGGGGGUAAGUUAACGUUGGUUUUGGAAAAGUGACUACAAUGUCUCAAGUGACUCUUUUGGAAGAAGUUUCUCAGUGGAACCAGGAAACCUGUCAACAACAACUCAAAUCUGUCUUGCCCAAACUAGUUGCUAUGCAUCAUGACACCGACAGCGGGGAAGAGCACACAAAUAUUUUUCAGGUAAUCACAAAUAGAUUCCUUCCUCAUCUUUCUUUAUCUGCGCUAGAGAUGGAAUGCUUUUCCAGUGUCUUACCCAAGGUGGCGAAAAUAUUUGCAAGUUUCUUGGAAGAAAUUGUCAGGCAAGUUGGUGGCCUCUCCAGUCAAAACGCGGAGUUGCAGACAUUCCUGAGGAAUAUUCUAAAGAUGAUGGUCCAGACCUUGGAGUGCCUCUCUGGCUGUGUACGGCAUGUCGGGUCUUUUGAAGAGUCUGUCUCCUUGGAUGCCAUCCGAUCUCUGCCCUCCUGCGUCCUCAGAAUCUUAAAGGACACUUUUCAGCACUGCAAGGACAGUGAGGUCAUGUACAGUGGAAGGCUGUCAUUGGUGGGAGAUCUCCUUCAGGGCUUGUUUAAAGAGGCAUACUCUUUGCAGAAGGGCCUGAUGGAAGUCUUGGAAAAAAUUAACCUGGAUGACAGUUCAUCUGAGGAGGAGGUUUCAGACAUUGUCAUAGUGAUUCACAGUCUGCUGGACAUAUGUGCUAUCACAUCCAGUCUGGACAUCGCUCUACAUGCCAACACAUGGAAAUUUAUUAUCAAGCAGAGUGUGAAACACCAGUCUCUAGUGGAAGAUCGGCUUCACCACACUGACAUAGCUUUCUCAUUGUGUGAAGAUUUGUGUACGUCUGUCCAAAACUGUUUUGUGAUGGCUCAACAGAUCCAGCAGUCCGGCCUGCAGGAAGUUGUGCAUUGUCCAGAAUUCAAGCUUAUCCAAAAAGCAACAAAGAUGUGUAGGUUUUUUGCCAACACCUUAGUCCACUACACAAAGGAAUUUAAAGCAUUCCUUGCCAAAUCAUGCUGUCGUUUUCACCAGUGUUAUCUUCAAAUACACAGGAAGUUCCCACUGUCUGUGUUAGCAUUAUCUGUGCCCGCUGCCCUCAUUGAGGACUUGAGAGUAUCAGUUCUGGUUCCCAUGGAUGCCAUGCUGAUGCAGCUGCUAUCUUUCCAUCCUUUUGCUGAGUCUGUCCUGGACCCGGGCCAUCAGUACAGUACAGAGCUUUGUCUACCACAAUGUCUGCUACUGGUGAAUGUUAUGGGUAAAAUCUCCCAGUCAGAGGAGGCAUUGCGGCUGUGGAGUGAUGGCAGCCAGUUCUCUGAGGAAAAUCCCAGAUGGUCUGUGUUUGAGGCAGUGUUGCAGAGUUUCAGAAAAUGUGUGUUGGAGCGUGCGGUCCCCGUGACGUUGCCAGGGGUGAUGCUGCGGGGUCAAGCUCAGGGUACAAUCAGCCUGCACCAGCAUGUGUGUGUUCAUAUGUGUGCCUGCGUGGCUGCGCUGCCCCCUCAACACUUUGCUCCAUUGGAGCGUUCACUAUUAGCCGCCGUACUGCAGGCAGACACGCAGACGGCUGUUUUGGCCAUGGAUGUGUGGUGCUUCCUGGCACGGUAUGGCUCGGCCGACUUGUGUUUUCAUCAUGUCCACCUUGUUGCUCACCUGAUAAGGUCAUGUCCUGAUAAAGGUUAUCAGUUGGUUCACUUGGCCCUGCUACUGAGACGCCUGCUUUUUCUCAUGACACCAAAACACCAGAUGGAGUUUGUGGAGCGUUUCCCUCCCUCUCAAGAGGAGAACCUUUGUGUCUGGCAUCACAUUCUGCUGAGGUGUCUGAGCACGGAGGCGUGUGUGCGGGUGGAGGAAGAGGUGCUCUCCAAAGCCUCUGAUGCGCUGCAGGAAUGGCAGGACAGCGGCUACAGACUGGGAAACGUAUCAAGAGUGAACAGGGUGCUGGGAUGUGUGCUGGUGGUGAUGGGUGGGAGCAACCUGCAUGCAGAAUCUGUGGUGUCUUCUGUGAAGAUCAUCUCUCUGAUGUGGAGUCGUAUGAGUAGCAACCAGGUUCAGAUCUAUCCUCCUCUCCAGUGCACUGUGAAGUUACUCCUGUCAAUAUCAGCUGCUGUAAUCAAAAGUGUAGCGCCACAUGUUAUCAUUCAGGCUGUUUCCUGUUUGAGUGAACUGAAUCUGCAGAAAUGCCCGGAUGACCUGCUCAUAGCUGCUUUGGAGUUUCUUGCCUCCAUGGGAAAAGUAUUUGCUCCUCCCAAUAUUCAGGGUCAGGUUUUGCCCAGACUCAGUGCACUGUUUAAUGGUCUCCUGACUCACCCGUCCUGGCUCAUAUUCCAGCAUGUUCUGGAGGCUUUUGGUCUCUUUGCAGAGAUAACCAACCACGAGGAAGUGAUUUCCCAAACCUUAACAUCAGAAGAGGUCAAGACCAAAGUGAUAAACUUCCUCAGCAAGACUGUCUCGCAGAGGGAGUCUGCAGAAGAAAGAUUAGAACGUCUGAAGGAAGAUAGGAGCGUUAUAGAAAAUCACUGUGAACGACUGGAUGGAGAGAAGAGCUUACCUGUACACACAGGUCCUGCUGAGGAGUGCCAGCCAUGUCCGAAAAGGGCAAGACAAGAGACCAAAGCAGAAGAGGAGUACGAGCGAUAUCUCCAGAAGGCAGAAAGUGCGUUGAAAGCUCUGCAGUCAAUAGAAGGGCCCGGCUGCAGUCCAUCACCUCCGCAGUGGGUCAGGGUCAGACUUGAGGCUCUACAGACACUUGUUACUCAGAUCAACACCACUACAGAUGAGCAGUCCUGAUUCAACUACACCAUCACCUCUACUUUGCUUUUUACACAACCUGUUUGUUUCAUAUUAAAUUGACUAAAAUCAAUGUUUGUGUGGAGAAGGGUCAAUCUGAAAUUUAAGUUUUUAUUAAAUCAUAAUUAAAGAGAAAUAUGGGCUUUUAUUUUCAGUGUUGCUAGAGAAUAUUGUGACCAGUCAUAAUCGGUGUUUAGAUUUUCAGUGACAUUGAUUUCUGUUUAAGAUUUUAAAUGAAGAAUACUUAGUUCAAUGUCGAAUCAAUGUUGCGUUUUUAAAACUAAGUAAUAUGUCAAAUGUAAACGUAAUAACUUACAGACUGUAUUUUUAAUAUUCACGUAUCCAGUGUCACUCAGAUAUGUAGCACUUCAGAAGCAGGUACUAACACCGCUUAUGUAAAAGAAAUAUAACAUUUUCGAUUCCUUACAAUAGUAAAUGCAAGGAGCUGUUUGUAUUGGAUUUUUAUAUAUAAAAAGUAGCGUCGGUGCUUUACAGAAAGUUAUAAAACAUGUAUAUCUAAUAAUCAACAAUCGCAUUACAAUAUUAGGAGGAAUAAUAAUCCCCAAAAUGGAACGAAUGUGUAUUUUCCCUAUGUCUAUGUUUUAAAAAUGGUACGGUUUUGAGAUGCUAGUACUGUCUAGGUGGGAUUAUUAGUAAUAUUGUCCCUUCAGUUUAUAAGGACUUUGCCGUGUGGAGAAUAACAUGAUAUAGCAAAUAAAACCUAAUCAAGAAUACAACAAAUGGCAGAAAAGAUGGAAACCAAUUAGUAGAAAACUGUAAUCGUGCUUUUGCUUGAUGCGCUUCAGUAGCUCACGCGCAUUGACUCGUGCGUGCUUUUAUUAUUCAUUGAUGGUAAAACGCGAUAAAUAUACGGCGAAAUGGCCAUUUAGCAACUAACAAAUGGUUUUAAUUAGUAAACACAUAGAAUAGAUACAUAUUCACUAAAUAAAUAUUGCCGUUAUUAUUAAUAUUUCUAAAAUGAUCAUUCUCAUAAUAAACAUUUCU